AACUUCAACCAAAGCAGCUAGCCACGAUGGCCCGAUCGUGAACGAAAGCUCCAGCGCCUGUGGGAGGAGGGUUGUCAGGUGACGUGAUUAAAUUUCCUGGCUCAGAAUCUGCCAUUGCCUGUUUGAAGAGGAAGAGAGUGGAGGGUGAGGACCUGAAGAUUUGCUGUGGAUUCUACGUUAACGUGAAUGGUUUUAUUGGGAACAUCAUCAAACGCUCAACAAAUUGAGGUAUUGACCAUAUAAGGCCGGGACGGUGAGCUGACCCGAUGGGACGGCUCCAGACGGGCGUGGCACGGCGGCCCAGGGAGCGCCCGUGAGAGAGAGAGGGGGAGAGCGAGAGAGAGCGAGAGAGAGAGAGCGAGAGAAGAAUGGGCCUGAGAGUAUGGAGCUGCUGGCUGGGCAUAUCCACGGCCGUGCUGUAUGGCUCCCUGUCCCUCUUCAUCUCCAUCCUGCACAACGUCUUCCUCCUCUACUACGUGGAGACCUUCGUGUCCGUCUACAAGAUCGACAAGGUCUCCUUCUGGGUCGGAGAGACCGUGUUCCUGAUAUGGAACAGCCUGAACGACCCUCUGUUUGGCUGGCUGAGUGACCACUCCUUCCUCAGUUCUCCACAGUCGGGGCAGCAGAUCGCGUCCCCGGAGGUGGUGGUCCGGCGGCUGCGCUCGGUGGCGCGACACGGCCCCCUCUUCGCCCUCUCCUUCCUGGCCUUCUGGGUGGCGUGGGCGCGUCCGGGCCUGCAGUUCCUGGUGUGCCUGUGUCUGUACGACGGCUUCCUGACGGCGGUGGACCUCAGCCACAGCGCCCUGCUGGCCGACCUGGCGGUGUCGGCCGCCGACCGCACCCAGCUCAACUUCUACUGCUCGCUGUUCAGCGCCGUGGGCUCGCUGUCCGUCUUCCUGUCCUACUCCUUCUGGGACAAGGACGACCUGUCCUCGUUCCGGCUCUUCUGCGUGGCGCUGGCCGCCCUCUCGGCGCUGGGCUUCGCCGUGGCGUCGCGGCUGCUCCGGAGGAAGUUCCAGGGCGAGGCGCGGCCAAGGCUCGACGAGGACGAGCAGCUCCGGGAGCUGUGUGUUGGCCAGGCCCCUUUGGUGCAGGAGAAGGCGGUCACCCUCGGGGAGUAUCUCAGCCAGCUCUCCAAGCACAAAAACUUCAUGUGGUUUGUGUCGAUGAACCUUGUUCAGGUGUUUCACUGCCAUUUCAACAGCAACUUUUUCCCGCUCUUCCUGGAGCACCUUCUGUCGGACAGGAUCUCGCCCUCCACCGGAUCCUUCCUGCUGGGAAUCUCGUACAUCGCCCCCCAUGUGAACAACCUGUACUUCCUGACGCUGUGCAAGCGUUUCGGGGUGUAUGAGGUCGUCCGCUGGCUCUUCAUCCUGAAGCUGGCCCUCAGCGGCACCAUGCUGCUGGCGGGGGCGGACCAGAUCUACUUGCUCUGCUUCUUCAUCGCCAGUAACCGUGUCUUCACCGAGGGCACCUGCAAGCUGCUGAACCUGGUGGUCACUGACCUGGUGGACGAGGACUUUGUGCUGAAUCGCCGGCAGCAGGCUGCCUCCGCGCUGCUCUUCGGAAUGGUCGCGCUGGUGACCAAACCUGGGCAGACCUUCGCCCCCCUCGUCGGCACCUGGCUGCUCUGCGUCUACACAGGCUACGACAUCUUCGAGCGGGACGUGGGGCACGAGGCGGUGCAGGCGGCGGUCUCCAGCCGGGAGCAGGCGGUCACGCUGCGGCAGGGCUGCUUCUACCUGCUGGUGUUCGUGCCCGUCACCUGUGCUCUGCUCCAGCUGCUGACCUGGUCCCGCUUCACCUUGCACGGCAAGCACCUGCAGCACAUCAAGGCCCUGCGCCAGGGCGCCCAGCACUGCCGCCCCACCGACGUGAAGGCCAUCUGACCUACCGUGCCGCACCCAGGGAGGAGCGUACCACUGCCACUGAGGGGCGGGGGGGUCUGUGUAUCCCACUGCCAAUGGACACCUGCCUUAUUGCUAUGAAGAACCAAUGAGUGUAUUUAUGUACCAAACUGAAACGCUGAAACGGAGGGGGAAAGCACAAGUUUAAGUACUGUACUGGUGGUGCUUGGUAUAGUGGGGGUGUGUGUAAGACCUAGCGACCGGAGGGGCUUGAGUUUACCCCACGUGCCUUGUAGUCGUAGAGAGGUGACACCGCUGCUCUGUGCGCAAGACCGUGCUUGGGCCCCACCGCAAGCUUGCCAAGUUGCCUCAAAUCUGUGUGUGUGUGUGCGCAUGUGUGCGUGUGCAUGUGUGUGCGCGCGUGCUAGUCUACCUAUCUAACUGGGAAUCAUGUUGUCAUUACACAAGAGGGUAAUUUUCUAGGUCCCCUUUUGGCAAAUGCUUUAGUUGAACCCCCCCCCAGUGAAGUUUAAAAAAAGAAAUGACCAAGAGGGGACCGGAUGUGUGCGUGUGUGCGUGUGUGUGUGUGAAGGACCAUCGUCUUUUAUAACUUAAAUAUUUCAACACAUUCCAAAUCUUCGAAGGCGUGGAUCUGGUUUUCGAUCUGUCGAGUGCAGUGCCAGUUGUGGUGGCAUUCGAGGGUUGAACCCACACUUCUGUGCCUGACUUUCCUGCUGAGGAGAGCCUCAUGUGCACGGUCAGUAUUAAGAAGCGGAACCUUUAACCCAAGGUUCUGCUGUCGGGGGACCACAUUCCGAUGGACACGUUCUCUGGAGCUCAACCUCCACUGCACACGGAUGACCCAGCUAAUAUUUUGAUAAAAAAUGAGUUUUCUCAUCUCGUAUAUUUAAAUUAUUUUCGUACUCUUAACUUUUGAAAGUCAUUCAAUUGUAAACCUGGAGGGAAUCGUGAUUUGUGAAUUCAGAUUUGGUUUUUACCUUGAGUCUUGGCCCUGGAUAGAAACCAUUAUGAAUGAGCACUGGGUCAAGGUCUGAAGUGAAUGCGCGUUUACCUGUCUGCCUGACUUCCUUCAUGCAUUCCAGUUCUCACCAAAAUGUUGUUCAUUUUGUGAUUCUGCCACUUUGUAAAGGCUGCAUAAUUCAAGCGUUUUGUAUGAGCUAUCUGUAUCACGGAGUCUUAAAUCCAAAUGAUAAAAAAAUGAAAUUUACAAAUGUUUACAUUUUUUACAGUUGUUGAAGUCCUUUGCAAUUGUAUUUAAUCCCCAUGUAAUUUUAAACAAAACAUCUGAAGACACUUUAGACCCAUGCUUUGAAAGUGAAGGAGCACAAUCAAGAUCCCCUCACAAGAUCCAAAAAAUAAAUAGAAAUCCCUGCUCAAUGUAGCAUGAA